AGCCCCGCCCCGUGUGGGAGUUCCUCUGGGAGGGCCAAUCUUCCGGGUGUAGGGGGAAGCGGCGUGACUGGAGUGGAAAAUUUUUCCAACACAACUUCGCAGCUGCAACAUAUUGAAAGGAGCGCAAGAAAGCCCGGGUAUACACUGGGACGGCUGAAUGGAACUUCUGCUUUUCCUCUUGACUUUAACCACUUGACACAAGCCCCAAUACGCUUUCCUCCCUUCGUCUUGGUACGGUCCAUGGAGUACGGAGCCUGCAGAGGGUCCCAGGCUGGAAGCGAGAGAGGAGGAGUCGGAAGAGACAUUAGAGGUCAUCCAAAGCAGCUGUCCCCUCUGCAGCCUCUCUGAUAAGUGCUUUCCAGGUUCUUACUUAAGGAUUCAUAGCUUUCUUCGGGAGAGCUGAAAGCCUAUUCAUGUGAAUUUUUUUAUUUUAUCAUACAUCCUUCCUGUGUGACUGAACAUUCUUCACGAUCUGAAAGGAAAAGAAGAGAUUCUUUCGGGAUGUUUGACGGUUAUGAUAGCUGCAGUGAGGACACAAGCAGCAGCUCCAGCUCCGAAGAGAGUGAGGAAGAAGUCGCUCCUUUACCUUCUAAUCUCCCGAUUAUCAAAAACAAUGGGCAAGUCUACACAUACCCAGAUGGUAAAUCUGGCAUGGCUACCUGCGAGAUGUGUGGGAUGGUUGGCGUCCGAGAUGCUUUUUACUCUAAAACAAAGCGUUUCUGUAGCGUUUCAUGUUCAAGAAGUUACUCGUCAAACUCCAAGAAGGCAAGCAUUUUGGCCAGACUUCAGGUAACGGGUAAGCCUCCAACAAAGAAAGCAAGAGUUCUUCAGAAACAACCUUUAGUUGCUAAGCUAGCCGCAUAUGCUCAAUAUCAAGCUACCUUGCAAAAUCAAGCAAAGACAAAAGCAGCAGUCUCCAUGGAAGGUUUCAGCUGGGGUGACUACAUCAAUAGCAAUAGCUUUAUAGCAGCUCCGGUUACCUGUUUUAAACAUGCACCUAUGGGGACCUGCUGGGGUGAUAUCUCAGAAAAUGUGAGAGUAGAAGUUCCCAAUACAGACUGCAGCCUACCUACCAAAGUCUUCUGGAUUGCUGGAAUAGUAAAAUUAGCAGGUUACAAUGCCCUUUUAAGAUAUGAAGGAUUUGAAAAUGACUCUGGUCUGGACUUCUGGUGCAAUAUAUGUGGUUCUGAUAUCCAUCCAGUUAGUUGGUGUGCAGCCAGCGGAAAACCUCUUGUUCCUCCUAGAACUAUUCAGCAUAAAUAUACAAACUGGAAAGCUUUUCUAGUGAAAUGACUUACUGGUGCCAAAACACUGCCUCCUGAUUUCUCACAAAAGGUUUCAGAGGGUAUGCAGUAUCCUUUCAAACCUUGCAUGAGAGUAGAAGUGGUUGACAAGAGGCAUUUGUGUCGAACACGAGUAGCAGUGGUGGAAAGUGUAAUUGGAGGAAGAUUAAGACUAGUGUAUGAAGAAAGCGAAGAUAGAACAGAUGACUUCUGGUGCCAUAUACACAGCCCAUUAAUACAUCAUAUUGGUUGGUCUUGAAGCAUAGGUCAUCGAUUCAAAAGAUCUGAUAUUACAAAGAAACAAGAUGGACAUUUUGAUACACCACCACAUUUAUUUGCUAAGGUAAAAGAAGUAGACCAGAGUGGGGAAUGGUUCAAGGAAGGAAUGAAAUUGGAAGCUAUAGACCCAUUAAAUCUUUCUACAAUAUGUGUCACAACCAUUAGAAAGGUGCUAGCUGACGGAUUCCUGAUGAUUGGGAUCAAUGGCUCAGAAGCAGCAGACGGAUCUGACUGGUUCUGUUACCAUGCAACCUCUCCUUCUAUUUUCCCUGUCGGUUUCUGUGAAAUUAACAUGAUUGAACUUACUCCACCCAGAGGUUACACAAAACUUCCUUUUAAAUGGUUUGAUUACCUCAGGGAAACUGGCUCCAUUGCAGCACCAGUAAAACUAUUUAAUAAGGAUGUUCCAAAUCAUGGAUUUCGUGUAGGAAUGAAAUUAGAAGCAGUAGAUCUCAUGGAGCUACGUUUAAUAUGUGUAGCCACAGUAACUCGAAUUAUUCAUCGUCUCUUGAGGAUACAUUUUGAUGGAUGGGAAGAAGAGUAUGAUCAGUGGGUAGACUGUGAGUCCCCUGACCUCUAUCCUGGGUGGUAUCAGUUAACUGGAUAUCAUCUACAGCCUCCAGCAUCACAGUCAUCAAGAGAAAACCAAUCAGCUUCAUCAAAACAGAAGAAAAAGGCUAAGUCCCAGCAAUACAAAGGACAUAAGAAAAUGACGACACUGCAGCUGAAGGAGGAAUUGCUGGAUGGAGAGGAUUAUAAUUUCCUUCAAGGAGCAUCAGAUCAGGAAAGCAAUGGCUCUGCCAACUUCUACAUCAAACAAGAGCCAUGAGGUGGCUCAGAAACUGAGGGCGGAAGGGGGAGGAUUUUACACAGGACUGAUUUAUAAUCAAUCCAGCUGUACAGGGGGCUAUUCUACUGGGACAUUUUGCUAAACAUAGAAGAUUUCAGUUCCAGAUUUUUCAGGUGGGUGGGGGAACUAUUUUAGACGGGAGGGGGUGGGAAAUUUUCAAUUUAUAAAGAUGGACAAUUUUUGUGUUGUAUUUGAAGCUUUUGAAAGAAUUUUGUAAUACUUUCCAAGUUUGGAUUUAUGUGCAUUGUUAACAAGAACCGAAAUUCUAACUUUUUUGAUAAGAUUAAAGUUUAGGUAACAGGAUUGAAGGAAAUGAUUUAAGAAGGAUAUAGCUGUUAAAAUGCAAAUGAACUGUCAUUACAAAUGAACCUUUUUGGUACCUGUUGGGAGAUUUUUAGAAGUUAGGCCAGUCACAUCUCCAGCUUCUUUGCUGCAGAAAUAUGCAACUGAACUCCUCAUGGAGGGGUCAUCACCACAAAGGUCAUGGAAGGGUCAUUAUUUCUGCUUGUUGGCAUUUUAUUGCAGCCCAUUUUAAAUGUUUGUACAGAAAUAUUUUUCAUUCUGUGAAAAUUUAUUUGGAGUUCUGUAUGAAACUGGAAGAACUCUGGAUACUUUUAUAUGUUCUCUUUUAAUUUAAAAAAAUGAUUAGAAUUAUCCUAACACUAAAGUGUUAAACUGGAAUGGUUGACAAGAUAUACAGGAUCUCAGUCUACACAUUGAGGGGUUGGGGAAAAUGUAAUGUUGUCCUAAGUUUAUUUUCCUUUCUAAAAAAAUACCCCACGAAAGGGAUUCUGAUCAGUUCUCUGCCAUUUCCCUCUAUCUGUGAAAUAACAGCUUGGUAUAACCACAACCAAAAACAGAUGUUCUGUAUUAGGAGAAUCGAAUUGAAAGUUAUUCAAAGCCAAAAUAAGUUUAGAUUUCAAAAUCAUUCCAGCUCUGCUUUUAUCUAUCCUGGAUUUGGUAGAAAACUAAUUUGAAAGAGAAUUUAAUUUUCCUAAAAUUCCAUAUAUGUAUAUAUAUAUAUAUAUAUAUAAUUGUCUUUAAUUGUAUUCAGGAUUUAUUUUAAUAAUAACCGAUUUGGACCAUCUUGAACAUUCCCUGUUUUAAAAUUCACAUGACUUCCUUUUAAAAAAAAAAAAGGAUACAAGGGUAAAUUGGUGAAAGGUUUGCUCUCUGCAUUUUCUAACUUUCUAUUGAGUUGUGACUGAAUGAGAGCACUCUAGCGUUUACCAGUGAGGUUCAUAGACUAAACUCUCAGGAAUUAAUUGCAUCUGUUCUAGAAGUGCUUCUGGGUCUUAGCCUGGCCUCUUCAGAGUGGUAAUAUUGACCAUCUCCUCUGGAAUAUAGGUAGGGCUAAUUAGAAAUUAAUCGAAAUGAUUAACCUCUACAGUCCUUCAGCCUAUGGAAUGCUUUAAAAAAUGUUAAUGGAAAGCCCCAGGAGACCAUUUUAGGUACGAUUUUUGUUUGAAUUUUAAAUGCAUAGAAUGUUAAAAAAAAAAACCAGCAAUUUAUUUUCUAAAAUAUUGCUCUACUUUUGGGAAUAAUAGCAUUGGUAAUACGCACAGGUUUACCUCAUUCUAUGCAAGAGGGGUUAAUAACAUAAGGUUUUAUAAUAGCUACUGGAAGUAAAAUUUGUUACUUUAUAGUGUAAAAAUGUGUGGAAUCGCAUGUCACCAUUUCUUAAUACUGACUCUUUAGGGGCAUAAAUGCAGAUCACACCAACGUAAGUUGAUUCUCAUGUAUCAAAUAUAUGUGAAUUCAGCUGUUAAAUUACUGGAUAUUUAUCUUAACAUUGCUGAGAGGGACCUACUGUAUAUGGGACAUCCUCACACUUCCCAUAUCUUUAACUUUGAAAAAUCUUCUCGUAAACUUAAAGCCUAGAAGUAUUCCAAAGCAAGGGUUACAGCAGUCUUUAUUCUCAGGCUCACUGAAUUAAACCCAGGACUAAUUCCACAGCACAGGCACACUCUGCCAGUACCUUGGAU